UCUCAUUAUUGACAUCCUUUUGCUUCAUGGCAACUAGAUGAACGUUUUUCGACGGAGAUUGGGGCAUAUUCCCAUUUUGGAUAUCAUCACUCGAGCUAACCGACCUCACUGGCGACUUGCAUUUCACCGAUAUGGCCGUUUCAACUCUACCAACUCAAGGCCGACCACAGAGCCUUCCACAGAGCCUGCACGCUCGUUUGAAUCUUCCAAGUUAGUCCUUCGAGACUAUCAGGAGGAAUGUAUUCAAUCUGUGUUAAAGUACUUGGACGAGGGUCACAAGCGCUUGGGUAUCUCUCUUGCGACUGGUGCAGGCAAAACGGUCAUCUUCACCGAGCUAAUCGGUCGCAUCCCGUCACGCAAUGAGAUAGGCGACAAGACUUUGAUUAUUGUGCAUCGAAAAGAGCUUGUGGAACAAGCAGCCCAACAUUGCCGCCGCGCAUACCCUGACCGAACUGUCGAGAUUGAGAUGGGCCAUAGCCAUGCCUCAGGAGCUGGGGACAUCAUUGUCGCUUCUGUGCAGACUCUGACGCGAGGAAAUAGACUAGCAAAAUUUAAUCCGAAACGGUUUAAACUGGUGCUGGUGGAUGAAGCGCACCACAUCGUCGCUUCCUCCUACCGAGAAGCUUUGAAGCAUUUCGGAGUGGACGAAACGUCUGCGGAUUCUCCAGUUCUCGUCGGCGUCUCGGCUACAUUUUCUCGGAGCGACGGACUGAAACUGGGUGCUGCAAUCGAUCACAUUGUAUAUCAUAAAGAUUACAUCGACAUGAUCGACGACAACUGGCUUGCCAAUGCGGUCUUUACUACGGUCUGCUCCGAGGCAAACUUGUCCAAGGUGAAAAAGGAUAGCUUUGGGGACUUUGCAAUCGGCUCUCUUUCCAAGGCAGUGAACACAGAGAAUGUCAAUAACAUCACCGUGCGUGCAUGGCUCGCUAACGCGCAAGACCGCAAAUCCACGCUGGUAUUCUGCGUAGAUGUCGCACACACAAAAGCGCUUACGGAGACCUUCCGCAGCUACGGCAUCGAUGCGCGGUACAUCACUGCAAAGACCCCAAAAGAAGUACGGAUGGAGCAGCUGCGCGCAUUCAGAAACCGAGAGUAUCCCGUUCUGCUGAACUGCGGUCUCUUCACAGAAGGGACAGACAUCCCGAACAUCGACUGCGUCCUCCUUGCCAGACCGACCCGGUCGCGGAACCUACUCAUCCAGAUGAUCGGCCGGGGACUCAGAUUGUACCCCGGCAAGGAAGACUGCCACAUCAUCGACAUGGUGGCAACCCUCAACACCGGCGUCCUCUCCACACCAACCCUAUUCGGCCUACACCCAGACGAAGUCCUCCAAAAAGCCAAAGCCAAAGAUCUAAGAGACGUGCCACUCGAAGGCACCGCAACCGGGACAGGGACCCCAGCCGAGGAAGGAACAGAGGAACCGCCGCCGCCCCGGACGACUCAGACCCCACACGUCUGGGUCCGCGUCGGCGACGCCCGCUACAUCCUCUCGGACGCCUCAGGCUGGCUCACGAUCGACAAGGAAGAAGACACAGGUCGAGCGUACAGACCCCAACCCAACCCCGACCCGACCUCUACCGCCAACACACCCGACGACCCUUACAUCUUCACCGUCCGCCACGUUGCCAAAUUCAAAAACUCCGAUGACAGCGUCACGCAUACCCGUCCGCGACUCAUCGCCACAGCCCCGGACUUCGAGACCGCCCUCCGCGCGGCAGAUACAUUCGCAACCAGCGAGUUCGAGGAGAGAUACAUCUCGGUGUUUCAGCCAUGGCGACAGCUCCCCGCGACGGAGGCGCAGGUGCGCUUCCUGAAUAAAUCGAAGGUCCGGCACGGGUUGAUCCACAGGAAACAUCUUACCAGGGGCCAGGCGGCGGAUCUGAUCACUAAGUUGAAGUUCGGUGGGAAGCAGCGGUUCGCGGCGCGCAGGGCUGAGCGGCUCUCUGAGUUGCGGAGGCAAGAGGAGGUCGAGGAGUUGAGAAGACAGGGCGCUGUGAGGGUCGGGCCGGUUGAGAUCUAGCUUUUUCUCCAUUGACACUAUUGUAUAGUAUAAAUGAUACCUCGAA